AUGGCAAGUGUUUUACAAAUGAUUCAUAUUGAUAAUCAAUCACCAUCAUUAUUAAUUGAUGAAGAAUUUCUUCGAAAUAGUAUGCUUGUUACUAAAGGUUAUAAUGAUUUAGCUAAACGAAGACUUUAUCGUUGGACUUAUAUGUUUUUUAAUGUUAUAUCUGUUUAUACAUUAUCAACAAUAACAAUUUUUUUUAAAUAUACAAUUAAUUCUUUAGUUGUACGACGUUUUCAUAAUAUAGCAAAUUUAAUAGCUAUUACAAAUAUAGCAACAAAUUUUUUACCAUUUUGUGUAUUUGGACAAUUAUUUUGUGCUGAAUAUAAUAAUGAUAAUUAUGAAAAUUUAUUAAAUAAACAAAAAAUAAUAAUAAAUAUUAAUAUUCAAAAAGCAACUCAAAUUCAUAAUGAACAUUUACAAAAUAUUUUACCAUUAAAUUCUGAAACAACAUCAUCGUCACCUAAUCAUUCAUCAUCUCCUUGUUCAAAAAUAAAUAUUAUUAAAUUAUAUGAUUCAUCAUGUUAA